CCUGCGCGGCGUCACGGCCUCGCUCUUCCGGUCGCGGGUUGCCGCAGUGUGGAGGGCGGUAGUGAGAGGCGGCGGCGGCAGCGGCAGCAACAGCAGAAUGUUGGCUACCAGGGUCUUUGGCCUGAUUGGCAGGCGUGCCAUUUCCACCUCUGCAUGUGUUCGAUCUCAUGCAGGUGUUGUGAAGACUGAAGAUUAUAGUCUUCCAAGUUAUGUCGAUCGUCGUGACUAUCCCCUGCCGGAUGUGGCCCAUGUCAGAAACCUUUCUUCCAGCCAGAAGGCCUUAAAAGAGAAGGAAAAGAAAGAAUGGAGUAACCUGUCCAAUGAAGAAAAAAUUGAGUUGUAUCACAUUAAAUUCAAUGAGACCUUUGCCAAAAUGAAUAAACCUACAAAUGAAUGGAAAACAAUUAUAGGAGCUGCAAUGUUCUUCAUUGGCUUUAGUGCUUUAAUUGUCAUGUGGGAGAAGCGUUUUGUUUAUGGUCCUGUUCCACACACCUUUUCUGAAGACUGGGUGGCCAUGCAGACUCAGAAAAUGCUGGACAUGAAGGUUGGUCCCAUCCAGGGAUUCUCUGCCAAAUGGGACUAUGACAAGAAAGAGUGGAAGAAAUAGAAGAAAUUGGGGAUGCUGCCUGCUGUUUAUUUGAACCUCUUACUUGUUUUUUCAUGUAUGUGCAACCCUCAGCAUAUUACUGGAACAUUCUAUGUAAAACAUUAAGAAUGAGAAUAAACAACUGAUUUAACUUGAA